AUGGCCCCACAGAGCGACCGCUCGCCGGACGAAGGGCAGCCCUAUUUCGGCGGCGCGGAGGACCCCACCCCAGCGGCCGGUGGGGGCUCCGCGGGCAGCCGGGACGCCUCGCCGGCCCGCACCGCCCUGGCCCCGCGGGAGGCCGCGGCCCGCAGGAAGGGGAAGGCGCGGCGGGGCCGCGGCAAGGCGCGGAACGAAGGGCUGCUCAGCAAGCAGAAGAGGAGCCGGCGCAUGAAGGCCAACGACCGGGAGAGGAACCGCAUGCACCACCUCAACUCCGCCCUGGACGCUCUCCGCAGCGUCCUGCCCACCUUCCCCGACGACGCCAAGCUCACCAAGAUCGAGACGCUCCGCUUCGCCCACAACUACAUUUGGGCGCUCACGCAGAGCCUCCGUCUGGCCGAACAGAGCCUGCCCGAGCCCACCCCGCCGCCGCCACCCCCCGCCACCGCUUCCCCCGGGCCCUGGGACUCGCCCUGCCCCGCCGCGCCACCGCCCGCCGCCCUGCGCCGCGGCCCCGCCGCCUUCCCUGCCUUCCUGUGAGCCCCCCGCCUGGCCGCUGUCCCCCCGCUUGUGGCCUUCAAAGGGCCGGCGGGGCGGGGGCUCCCCGCGCUGCGCGCCGGGGGGCGGCGGUGGCCCCGCUUCCCCCCGCCCCGUCCCGUCCCGCUCGGCUGA